AUGUUCAGAAACAGACAAUUCAAUGAAGAACGCAGAUCAAGAUUAUUCUCAGAUCGCCCCUUCAUCUUCGGUCGUCUCCCCAAGUACCUAAUUGCUUGGUGCUUCUCUAUGCAAUUCUGGGCUGGCUAUUAUCUUUACCACAAGCAUGCUCUUAAUACAUUCUUGCAUGAUAAAACAAGAAAGGCAAAUAGAAGAUCACUUCCAUUCGUGCAAGCUAUGGAGGACAUUCGUUUCUGCGCUAUUCAAGAGAGAAACUACAUGAUUCUUAAGUCAAUCUGUGAUAUUGCAGACCCAAGAAUGUUCGAUCUAUUCAGAUCCAGAUAUCAUCAAGAAGACCAUUUCGUGAGUUACUACAUCGGUUCAACAAUGGGUAAAUACUACGAUGGCAGAUUCGGAGGUAGCAGAUUCUGGAACUUCAAAGCAUACAAGAGACCAGAAGACGAGAAGGGACUCGUUGGUGGAUUAUCGCCUGCAUUCUUGGAGACUUUCUCCUCUUUUAAGAAUAAAAAGAAUUUCCAGACUUAAAUGAAUUCUCUCUUCAAGACCACAACUCGCAACAGAUUUGAAUCUCCUAUCUGCAGAACUACUCUAAAAAAUAUAAAGGAUAUUUAUUCACCAAAGUCAGGAUUCAGAGACCAUUCAGUAAACUUGUAAAACAGCCUCAAUAAAUAUACCUAUCAGACUCCUAAAAAUUAAACUUUACCUUUGUCUAUGCAGAGCACAGGUGAUUAUUCAAGCAAGCAAUUCGGAUAAAACUCAAAGUCUAAGACUGAAAAAUUUUUGCAGAUUUAGGAGAUCGAUGAGGACGAGAUAGAUGAGAUGCUUCUUCACUAUCAGAUGCGCUCCAGUAUGUUUGAUUUUGAACUGAUCAAGUAAAUGUCUAAUUUUGGCUUGAAAAAAUACAAGAACUCUCUUUAUAGAGGACAGCUGAACAGUGAAGGCUAAAGGCACGGGAAAGGCGUAAUGACUUAUUUUGAUAAUAUCAGGGUCUAUGAAGGUGACUGGGUUCAUGACUUAAGAGAAGGAGAGGGUUACGAAAAAUUUAGUAAUUUAAAUGAAUACAAGGGAGGUUAUAGAAAGAACAAACCAGAGGGGAAAGGUCAUUAUGUUUGGAGAAAUGGUGAUACAUAUGAAGGCCAAUGGUAUGAUGGUCUAAGAUAAGGAAUGGGCAAAUGGCACAGCCAUACUGGAGAAAUCUAUGAAGGAGAGUGGUUUAAAGGCUAGGCCUCUGGAUAUGGUGUGAUGAUCUGGGCUAACGGAGAUAGAUACGAAGGAGGAUGGAGAAACUGUAAAAAGCAUGGAUAAGGGGAGGAUACAUAUGCUGAAGGCAAUCGUUUUAUUGGAAAGUAUGAUGAUGGGUUGCCUGAUGGAUACGGAGAGUACUACUGGAAUGAUGGCAGCUUCUACAGAGGUAACUUUGAAAAAGGCCACAAACAUGGUCAAGGAAUUAUGUUUAGAAAGUAUAUGCAGGAUAAAAGUGAAAAAUGGGUACUAUAUGAAGGAGAAUUCGUUAAUGAUGCUAGACAUGGAAUGGGAGAAAUUAAAUGGUCAAAUGGAAAUUAUUACCUUGGACAGUUUUAGAGUGAUGAGAGACAUGGCCAAGGAGAAAUGAGAUGGAUUGAUGAUACUACUUAUAUAGGUGAGUGGUCCAGAGGUAAGAGACAUGGAUGGGGAACACUUAAAAAGAAAGAUGGACUCAUCACUACUGGAGUAUUUGUUAGCAAUAACUUUAUGGGAAAGGAAUAUGUUAUUCCAGAAACUAUCGAAGAGAAUAUCUCUGAAUAAAAAUCUAUGAAAAAAUCUAUGCUAAAACAGGGUAACCUGUCAGACAGGUAAAUCGAAAGAAAAGAGAAAAAGGAGAUCAAGAUAAAGAAAGUCAUGAAUAGAUCAAACUCUGAAAUGAGAAGAAACUAACUUCGCUUAACAGAUCACUCCAGUUCAUGCGAAAGAAGGUAAUGCUGUGCCCAUAAAAAGAACGUCACUUCUCCAAUCAUGAGGACAUGGAAGCCUUCAGGCGGUUCCAAAUCCAAUCUUUUACUUCAAACUUCUUUCACUUGA